AUGGCAUUUGUGGACAUUUUUGAAAAAGGAAUUGAGGCUCUGAAGAAGCAAAAAGAAGAGUCAGCUCAAGAAAAAGGUAUUUUAGAAGUUUUAAAAUCAAAUUGGCAUGUUCUUCUUGAUUUUUAGACAGGUUUAAAGAUGAAUUCAACAAAAUCCGGACGAUUUUUGUCUGUGGAAUGGCAAAAUCGGUGAGUUUAAAAAAAAAGAAUUAAAAACUGUAUUAUUUUUUAUUAUUUCAGGGAAAAACCUCAUUUAUUAAUCGAUAUUUCGAUCGAAAUGAGAAUUCCGAGCCAACUUUUGGACUUUCCUACAGAUUUGCCACUAAAACGAGGGUCAAUGUAAGUGAAAUAGUGGUAUAAAGAUGUCAAAUAACAAGUAAAUAAAAAUAAUUUCAGUAGUUCUCGCCGUAUUUUACCCUAUCCUUUUUUCAUAUUCUUUUUGCUCACUCACAGUUAGUCAUUUGAGAGCGGCGAGCGCCGUGCCUCAUUGGCUCAGGGGCAGAGCGUCUGUCUAGUAAACAGAAGGUCGCUGGUUCGAUUCCAGCAUGAGGCAGUCUUGUUUUUUGACUAUGAAAAUAAAAUUUGAGAAAUAUAUAAGUGAUUAUUCCGUAUUUUACCAUGCGUUUCGAUUUAAUUUAGGAUUUUUUAAGGGUUUUUGCAAAACCUUGGCUUUUCAAAAUUCUUUUUUUCCAGCCUGAGGCGGUCUUCUUUUUUAUUUCUUACGAUUUUUUUCAAAUGACACAGUAUAAAAUGUUACAUAGCCAUUUUUUUUUGAUUUUUUGUCAAAAAAAAUUGCUUCAGACCAAAGAGCUCGUCGAGUUCUGGGAGCUCGGAAAUUCAGCAUUGCUCUCAUCCCUGACGUCAGUUUGUAUUACCGAAAAAAAUAUUUCCGGCCUUUCAACAAUUAUUUUCAUCGACCCUACGAUCCCUCAAAACAUCGAAGCAGUAAUUGCCCCAUUACUCACCAGUAUUCGAGAUCAAGUUGCGAAAAUCAAAGGUGAAAAGCCGAAAUUUGAUAUGAGCAAAUCAAUUUUCUAUAUUGGAAUACCAUGUGUUAUGGUGAUUGGAAGAUACGAUGAAUUUCAGGUGGGGUUUUAGGAAGUUCAUAUUUUGAAAAUCUUAAAAUUUUUUUAGAAUUUUGACACCGAAAGGAAGCGGACUAUUUUAAAGCUUCUGCGUUUUUUGGCACAUGUCAAUGGAGCUACGCUAAUGGUAAGUAGAGGUUUCAAAAAAUGAAAAAAUGAAAUUUUUCAAAAAUUAUUGCUAGAAUUUGGCCGAAAAAAUCGCAAAGACCUUCUUCAAAUUUUUCAAAUCUUAUCUGUCUAGGCUGUGUGCAAAAUUUAACGAAAAUUAGGGCUAUUGGCCUCGGGCAAUAUAAUUUUUUUUUUAAUUUUCAAAAAUUUAUUUUUUUUUAUCGAAAUGUUGCUCUGAAAAUUUGCCAGCAACGCCUAGGCUGUAUAAAUAAUUUAACGAAAAUUAGGUAUAUUGGCCUCGGGCAAUAUAAAAAAAAAUUUUAUUUUCAAAAAUUUAUUUUUUUUUCAUCAAAAUGUUGCUCUGAAAAUUUAACCACAAUAAAAAUACAACCCGUAUUUUACCUCAAAAUUUCCAGAGCUACAGUAUUUACCAAGAAAUUUUGGUUGGUCGCGGCAAAAGUUUGGCUGGAAAUCUGGGAUUCGACACUGCUUUUAACGUCCAAAACUCCACAGAUAUCCUCAAACCAGUCUUCGUGGAGGCCGGUUCGGACAGUAUUGAGGUCAGUCUACCUUUAUCUUACAUCAUCUAUCAAAUUUUUGACUUUCAGGACAUUGGCGACCUUAUCAAUGGCCGUCAGAGAGCAACUUUUGAUUCAAUUCGUGAUGCUAUGGAUUUCUUUCUGCAAUCGCUGAAUGAGCACUUCAAACAGGAGGUAGGAGAGACUAUUUACAAUAUUUUCCGGCAAUUCAAGUCAUAAAAUUUAUCUUUUUUAGCCCUUGGAACAGCCUGUAAGCCUAUUAGACUCUAACAAUGACGAAGAAACUCGAAAAUUUAACGAGCCCUUGCUUGACACUGCUAUUGAAGAGCGAUUUCGAGUAAGUCGAGUAAUAUUUUUCAUUUUUUCCUCAAUUUUUUACAUUAAAUUUUUUUUUAAUUCCUGCUACAGUAUAAUUUUUAUUUCAGGAAAUGGAAUUUCUCUCCAAGGAAAUGUCCCGAGCCUGA